AGAGAUAGAGAGAGUGGGGUCUUCCAUCUGCUGCUUUACUCCCCAAAUGACUGCAACGGCCAGAGCUGAACCAAUCCGAAGUCAGGAGCCUUUUCUGGAUCCCCCACAUGGGUUUAGGGGUCCAAGCACUUGGGCCAUCCUCCGCUGCUUUCCCAGGCACGUUAGCAGGGAGUGCUAUUGGAAGUGGAGCAGCCGGGACUCAAACCGGCGCCCAUAUGGGAUGCUGGCGCUGCAGACUGGGGCUUUAACCCCCUGCGCCACAGCACCAGCCCCUGCAUGCUGUUUUAAAAUCAUACUAGACUGGCGGUUCUCAAAGGAGAACAAUUCUGUUCCACAGGGACAUUUGCUGUAUCUGGAGAUGCAUUUUGUUGUUACGGCUGAGAGGGGAGACACUCCCUGCACCUGAUGGGGAAAGGCUAAGGAUGCUGUGGCUUGCCAGAGUGCGUGGCACAGCCCCUGACAACAGAAAGUCAAUGUAUCAUAAUUUAUAAUGCUAAGAUUGAGAAACCCUACACUAAGGAAUUGUCUAUUAAGGGUCCUCUGAUGCUCCCAGUGACUGUAACAUUGUUCAACUUUCUUUUUAGAUCUAACAUUCUGUAGAGAUGGAUAUUAACUUAUAGAUGAUUGAUAAGCAGCAGCUAAUUUCUGACUAGUACAAAAGCUUUAUUAUCCUAAUAGUCAUUGAUCUUUUUUUAUGUAACUUUGCAGUCUUAUUCCAAUGUUCCUCUUUUCUCUGAGUGCAUUUAUGAGUAGAGUCUCUGCUGAGCAUUUGAGGCAGUUAUGUUCUAUAAAGUCACUGAGAACUCUAAGUUUGUCUAUCUGGAACUGUUGUUCCUAAGGAAAUUCAAGGUUAAGUUCCUGCAAGCUUCUGAUCACAGCACUUUUGUCAGUUGACUAAUGCCUGACCUUAUUGUAUGUGAGUUUCUCUUUAAAGACACCUUUCUAUCUUGUUGAUUCAUUAACAUCAAACUCAUAACCAGCGGAGCUAUAACUCAGGGCAAAACAGAGCUUCCUGAACACAAACUUAUCUUCUCUAAAAGGCACAUCAUUCCCCUCUUAGGUGCAAGAGACAACUUCAGAACUCUUCAUGGGUGCCAUUUUGAACAUGGACAUCCUCAAGAAGAACACAGAAAUGUGGCAUGAAGUAAACCAUGAAAAGGACAUUUUAUUUUUUUUAAAUUAAGUAACUAAUUUAAGAGAGAGAGCUCCCAGUUACUGAUUCACUCCUUAAAUGCCCACAACAGACCCUUGACUUGGCAGAAUUCCAGGAACAGGGAAGCCAGCACUUGAACCAUUACUGCUGCCUCCAAAGAGGUGUUCCUUUUUGACAGGAAACUGGCGUCAAGAGCAGAGCCAAGGGGCCGGCGCUGUGGCGUGGCAAGUAGAGCCACCGCUUGUGGUGCCGGCAUCCCAUGUGGGCACUUUUUCGAGUUGCGGCUGCUACGCUUCUGAUCCAGGUCUCUGCUGUGUCCUGGGAAGGCAGUGGAGGAUAGCCCAAGUGCUUGGGCCCCUGCACACAUAUAGGAGACCCAGAAGAAGCUCCUGGCUCCUGGCUUCGGAUCAGUGCAGCUCUGGACAUUGCUGCCAUCUGCAUUUUAAAGUCUGAUUUGAGUCGUGUGUUAAACACCAGUGAUUCAGCUAAGAAGAGCUGUGGAUGAAGAAUGGUCCUUUUUAUGAGUGACCUGAAGGAGCAUCUGCCCUUUCUGGAUCCUUUGGGAAAGCAAUGGCCAACAGAUGAUCCAGGCAUCACAGUGCUUGAGCCACACCUUACUAGAGCCUUCCUCACUGCUGACUCCUGGGAUUGUCUCCUAAAUAAAUCAUCUGCCGUUAGUCCUGUCUCAGGACCUGCCUUUGAAGGAACCCACGUGGAGGCAUCUUCCAAGAAAGGCUGCUCCAAAGCCGGAUUUUCAGAAUGCACUUGGACAAAGAACGCUUGUUCUCUCUUUCCACCGUGGACCCGAGUCAGACAGACCUCUCCCACGUCGGGCGGACCUUCUCUGUGCUUGCUUAGAGGCCUCAUAAUGGGAUUGAUUUUACGAUAUGCUACAGCACCAACUGAUAUUGAAAGUGGAACGGUCUAUGACUGUGGGAAACUGACCUUCAGUCCUUCAACUCUCCUGGUUAACAUCACCGAGAAAGUUUAUGAAUAUAAAUACAAGAGAGAAAUUAGCCAGCACAACAUCAAUCCUCACCAAGGCAAUGCUAUACUUGAAAAGAUGACAUUUGAUCCAGAAAUAUUCUUCAAUGUUUUGCUGCCACCAAUUAUAUUUCAUGCUGGGUAUAGUCUGAAGAAGAGACACUUUUUUCAAAACUUAGGAUCUAUUUUAACAUACGCCUUCUUGGGAACUGCCAUCUCAUGCAUCGUCAUAGGGUUAAUCGUGUAUGGCUUUGUGAAAGCCAUGAUAUAUGCCGGCCAAUUGAAAAAUGGAGACUUUCAUUUCACUGACUGUUUAUUUUUUGGUUCAUUGAUGUCCGCUACUGAUCCAGUGACGGUGCUGGCCAUUUUCCAUGAACUGCACGUUGACCCGGACCUGUACACACUCCUGUUUGGGGAGAGUGUGUUGAAUGAUGCAGUGGCCAUCGUACUCACCUAUUCCAUAUCCAUUUACAGUCCCAAGGAGAAUCCGAAUACCUUUGAUGCUGCGGCUUUCUUCCAGUCUGUGGGAAAUUUCCUGGGGAUCUUCGCCGGCUCAUUUGCCAUGGGGUCUGCAUAUGCUGUUGUCACAGCUCUGUUGACCAAAUUUACCAAACUCUGUGAGUUCCCGAUGCUGGAAACAGGCCUGUUUUUCCUCCUUUCUUGGAGCGCCUUCCUGUCUGCAGAGGCCGCCGGCCUAACAGGGAUAGUCGCUGUUCUCUUCUGCGGAGUCACACAGGCUCAUUAUACCUAUAACAAUCUGUCGUCGGAUUCCAAGAUGAGGACUAAACAGUUGUUUGAAUUUAUGAACUUUUUGGCUGAGAACGUCAUCUUCUGCUACAUGGGCCUGGCUCUGUUCACGUUCCAGAAUCAUAUCUUUAAUGCUCUUUUUAUACUGGGAGCCUUUCUAGCGAUUUUUAUUGCCAGAGCCUGCAACAUAUACCCCCUCUCCUUCCUCCUGAAUCUGGGCCGAAAGCAGAAGAUCCCCUGGAACUUUCAACACAUGAUGAUGUUUUCAGGUUUGCGAGGAGCCAUCGCAUUUGCCUUAGCCAUUCGGAACACAGGAUCUCAGCCCAAGCAAAUGAUGUUCACCACCACCCUGCUCCUGGUGUUCUUCACCGUCUGGGUGUUCGGAGGUGGAACGACCCCCAUGCUGACUUGGCUUCAGAUCCGAGUUGGUGUGGACCUGGAUGAAAACCUGAAGGAGGAACCCCCCUCACACCAGGAAGCAAAUAACUUGGAUAAAAGCACAACCAAAGCAGAGAGCGCCCGGCUCUUCAGGAUGUGGUAUGGCUUUGACCACAAAUAUCUGAAACCGAUUUUAACCCACGCGGGUCCUCCGCUGACCACAACGCUACCUGAGUGGUGCGGUCCAAUUUCCAGGCUGCUCACCAGUCCUCAGGCCUAUGGGGAACAGCUGAAAGAGGAUGACGUGGAAUGCAUUGUCAACCAGGAUGAACUAGCCAUGAAUUACCAGGAGCAAGGCUCCUCGCCGUGCAGUCCCCCUGCCAGGCUGGGUCUGGACCAGAAAGCUUCACCCCAGACUCCAAGCAAGGAGAACAUUUAUGAGGGAGACCUUGGCCUAGGAAGCUAUGAACUCAAGCUUGAACAGACUCUGGGUCAAUCCCAGAUGAAUUAAUCGGCAUGGAGAGUGCAGAUGUCAUCAGAAGCAAUGCAAGGCCCACUGAGGAAUUCAAGCCAAGCUGACAACACAGUGCAAGGGAGACGCUGAAAAAUGUGUUAAGAACAUAAAUUGGAGAGAAUUGAACCCUUGUCAAAUGUAUCCUCUCGUGUCUGUGGAAAUGAGAAUUUAUUGUCAUCCCUCUAUAUUAUGCAACUGAAUUUAAUUGCUUGACAGCAGCCAUUUUUAUUACUGUAAUGGGUGGGAUAUGGGGUGGGGGAGGGGUCGGGCUGCAGUAAGGAUGAACCACAUGUGCUAGGCCACAGGGGCUUCUACCCUGUAGGCAGCUCACUUGGAUUCAGGAUUCUACUCCAUUCAUCAUGCAGAGUUCAAACCUAAGAAGAGGUUCUAAGUGUAAAAAUGUGGCUCCUCAGCUAAAGGAAUGUCCAAUUAGUUAGCAAGUGAAAAGUUUUAUAUUUCUGGGACUUGGCUCCCAAUUGCUCGAAAUGACCCCAGAGCUCCAUGCAGAGCCCAGAUCAGUGUUCCUCGCCUGAGCUGGGGAAGCUCCUGGUCUUGCUGGCCUCCUGUCCACACUGCUUUUCCCUGCGGCCAAAUGGGUUGCUGACAGCCCAGUGUGCCUUGAGCUUCCUGCACUGCCGCUGUCUGACCAGGGAAGGCCCCUUCCAGGGACAGCUGGUCUCUUUUCCCAAAACCAUGUUGCACCAGGGGAAUGGCCAACAUGUCCUUGCUUGCAUGUGAGUCACUUCUUAGCUGUGCAGGGUCCCCUGUGUACACUGGGUCAUAGAAUCCACACACAUGUUGCUCCCCAGCAGGCAGGAGAAUAUUCCUGCAUUCACAGCUGAUCACCAGGGUAGACAAGCAAGGAAAAGAACUGACAAUGCAUAGAGCCCAAGGAGGACCAGCAUUAGGGGCUCUGGACUUCCCCUUACAAGGCGUGGCUCAUGGCCCACAUUCCAGGGACCAACACAAUAGCUUCUAAUUCAGCUGCAUGACCUGUGCCUUUCAAGCCAUAAAGAUACCUCAAGUCUAGCUUCUUUUGAAAUGCAGAUAUUAAAGUGAGACUCAACAAUGCAGGUGCCCAGGCUGUCCUGAGCUUUCGAGGGAGGUGGGGACCAAUGUCUUCCUCAGGCCAGGGCUUAAUAAUAAAUAACAUAUGCUUUGCUGAUCACUUGUUAGGCCUUAAAUAUUAACCCUGGUGGUGUCAGGCACACUGCUAUCUAUGUCAGUUUUCUUGUUUUCCAAACAGUAGAAUCUGGGGCACAAAUUGUUUUAUACCCAGGAAGUAUAACCUUGUCAUUUCAGGUAAAUAUGGCAAGUGGUGAAGCAUGAAGUUUUUCUAAUUUGACUUAAUCCUAAUAAAAUUUUAUUAUAAAGUA